AUGGCGGCUCGCACACCCGACCGGCUGCGCUCGCCCAUCUGCUGCAUCAUGGGCCACGUCGACACGGGCAAGACCAAGCUGCUCGACAACAUCCGGCGCACAAACGUGCAGGACGGCGAGGCGGGCGGCAUCACCCAGCAGAUCGGCGCCUCCUUCUUCCCGAACGAGACGCUCUGCGACCGGAUGGGCUCGCUGCUGGCGAAGAACAAGGCGACCGCGCGCGAGCCCGGCGUGGCCGUGCGCGUGCCCGGCUUGCUCAUCAUCGACACGCCCGGCCACGAGUCCUUCUCGAACCUGCGCUCGCGCGGCUCCUCGCUCUGCGACAUCGCCAUCCUGGUGAUCGACAUCAUGCACGGGCUCGAGCCGCAGACCAUCGAGUCGAUGAACAUGCUCCGCGCCAAGCAGACGCCCUUCGUGGACCGGCUCUACGGCUGGAGCGAGGCAAAGGACCGGCCUUUCAUCGAGGCGAUCGAGGAGCAGGACGACGGCGUCAAGCGCGAGUUCGAGAGCCGCGCCUCCGCCAUCCUGCUCUCCAUCGCCGAGCAGGACCAGACGCAAUCUCUCCCCACCUCUCCCCCCGUUGUUCACUCCUCCGCCUCCCUCUCCGCCGCGCUGCAGGGCCUCAACGCGCAGCUCUACUACCGCAACAAGGACCCGCGCGAGUACAUCUCCCUCGUCCCGACGUCAGCACACACGGGCGAAGGGGUGGCCGACAUCCUGAUGAACCUCGUGGGCAUGACGCAAAAGAUGUUUGUGGACCGCAUCAUGUGGACGCCGAUGGUGCAGUGCACCGUACUCGAGGUCAAGGUGAUCGAGGGGCUCGGCGCGACCGCCGACGUGAUCCUCGCCAACGGCACUCUCAAGCGCGGGGACCGGAUCGUCAUGUGCGGCUUUGGCGGGCCGGUCGUCACGCGCGUGCGCGACCUGCUCACGCCUCGCCCGCUGCGCGAGCUGCGCAUCGACGGCGCCGCCGGCAUCAAGAUCUGCGCCAACCACCUCGAGAACGUCGUGGCGGGCUCCGCCUGCCUCGUCCCGUUCAAGGACGUGCCGUACGACCUCGAGGCGCUCAAGCAGGACGCAACGGGCGCGUCUUCUUUUCUUUCUUCCAGCCUGAACGGCGGGCUCGGCGUCUACGCGAUGGCGUCGACCCUCGGCUCGCUCGAGGCGCGGCUCGGGCUCCGUACCGCACAUCCAGAGUACCGAACCCAGUGUGGGUUCAGUCCCAUCCCCGUCUCCGCGGUCAACAUCGGGCCCAUCCACAAGAAGGACGUCAUCAAGGCGUCCAUCAUGCACGAGUUCAAGCCCGAGUACGCCACCAUCCUCGCCUUCGACGUGCCGCUCACAAAGGAGGGCGAGCUGCAGGCCAAGGAGUCGCAGGUCAAGGUCUUCACCGCCGAGAUCAUCUACCACCUGUUCGACCAGUUCACAAAGUACAUGGCGGACGUGCGGCUCGAGCAGCAGGCAAAGGCGGCGACCACCGCCGUCUACCCCGCCAUCUGCAAGGUCUCGUCGCCCGACCACGUCUGGUGCCGCGGCGGGGGAGGGGACCCGAUCUUGCUGGGGCUGGCGGUGCAGGAGGGGACCCUCAAGAAGGGCACGCCGCUCUGCGCCUACCUCGACAUCGGGCGCGUCGUCUCGAUGGAGCCCGAGAAGGGGAAGCAGGUGGACGUCCUCAAGGCGGGCAAGUCUGCCGCGGUCAAGAUCGACGCCGUCACGUCGAUCCAGUACGGCCGGCAGUUCGACCACACCUACCCGCUGUACGCGCGCGUGACGCGCCGCUCCAUCGACGCGAUCAAGGAGCUCUUCAAGGAGGGCGGAAGAGCUGGUGUGAACGGCGUCUCUUCACACUCACUGCUGUGA